AUGGCCAGUAGGAUAGUGGACGCCGUGUACGGCCUCCCUGAAGCUGCUCAACAAGCACUCCCGGAGGAACAGGACCCUGUCAUCGUCGCCCCAGCGUUCCAAAUCCGGGGAAUCGCGGUGCAGCUCACAGGAGACCAACAGGAGGCCGUGCGUCUAGCCAUCGGUCCACAACCCAUUGCGGCUAUCCAGGCGGCCUUUGGCACAGGGAAAACAAUGAUAAAUGGAAGUGCACCAGAGUGCAGAAGAGAAGUUCCGUCGUGUGCGCGUCAGUCGAAAAUCGACAGAAAGUCUCCGAGCCGAUGCGAGCAAAGCUCGGAGAAUUUGUUUUUGAACACAAUGGUUCAAUGCGAAAAGGUUGUGUCGUUCUUAUGCCACCUUGUGGAGCUAGCAGAUCGAUUACACGACAGACUGUGGGGAGAGAGUAGCCAGGCCGAUAUGACCGCUUUGGCUCACGCCGACAGCUCUAGUACUGAGGAAAUUACCUCAUCGAGUGGCAGUUCUUCGUCUUCGUCAAGCUCGACUUCUCGAGGGCUUGACCUGUCAGAAGAAGCCCUCCUGGCUUCUGACAACGAGAAUGACGAGUCGAUGGAUGAGCCCGUCGCGUCUACUCUCGCGCAGUCGAUGGAAGACCUCUCCCUCAAGGGUUGGAGCACCAACCCCCCAUCCCUCGCCGGAUUCGGCGCCCCAAGUUCCUUUCGGAGCAACAGGCUGGCUGACGUGCCAGCUUCCCUCCAGUCGUGGUACGGGACUGAAAGUACGAUCAAACUCCUCAUCGACGGCACGUACGAGGAUGAAGACGUCAGCACCCUGCCGCUCAAUACCGACAACCUGAUAACAGUCGACCAUCGACCCUACCACGCGUGA